ACCUCAUUUGCGCGUCACGGGCGGAGCUACCUCCGGGAGACCGUGGUUUGAACAUGUCGCGCCUGCAGGGAGUUGCCGGGCAGGGUCCGCGGCGGGGUUUCAGGGCAGAGAGGGCAGACGACAUUACUGCUGUACCCCAGGGGCUGUUAAAGGCGGCGAGGAAGAGCGGCCAGUUAAACUUGUCUGGUAGGAACCUCAGUGAAGUGCCUCAGUGUGUGUGGAGAAUCAACGUGGAUGUCCUGGAGGAGGCAAAUCAGAAUCUGUUGUUCAGCGCUGCCGAGCGUUGGUGGGAGCAGACGGAUCUGACCAAACUUGUCAUCUCCAACAAUAAACUCCAGGUGCUCUCUGACGACCUGCGCCUCCUGCCCGCGCUGACUGUUCUGGAUAUACAUGAUAAUCAGCUAACAUCCCUUCCUUCUGCUAUAAGAGAGCUAGAAAAUCUUCAAAAGCUCAAUGUCAGCCAUAAUAAAUUGAAAAUACUUCCUGAAGAAGUUACAAAUCUCAAAAACCUGAAGGGCCUGUAUCUCCAGCAUAAUGAGCUAUCAUGCUUACCAGAAGGAUUUGAGCAACUCUCCAGUUUAGAAGAUUUAGAUCUUUCGAACAAUCUUCUCACCGCUGUUCCUGGUAGCUUUUCUUCUCUGUCCAGUCUGAUGCGGCUCAAUCUUUCCAGUAACCAACUGAAGAAUUUGCCAGCGGAAAUAAGUAGAAUGAAAAAGUUAAAGCAUUUGGAUUGCAAUUCAAAUCUCCUGGAAACUAUACCUCCUGAAUUCGCUGGCAUGGAAUCUCUAGAAUUGCUUUAUUUGCGAAGGAAUAAAUUACGUUUUCUACCAGAAUUUCUUUCUUGUAGACUAUUGAAGGAAUUGCAUGUAGGUGAAAACCAGAUUGAAAUGUUAGGGGCAGAACAUCUUAAGCAUCUGAGUUCUAUCCUUGUGCUAGACCUGAGGGAUAACAAGUUAAAAUCUGUUCCAGAUGAAAUUACACUACUACAGUCUUUGGAAAGGCUUGACCUAAGCAACAAUGAUAUCAGUAGUCUGCCCUGUUCAUUGGGAAACCUUCCUUUGAAAUUCCUGGCACUAGAAGGAAAUCCUUUGAGAACCAUCCGAAGAGAAAUUAUAAAUAAAGGAACUCAAGAAGUCCUAAAAUACCUGCGAAGCAAAAUCAAAGAUGAUGGACCUACCCACAAUGACUCUGCUCCUGACACGACGGCCAUGACCCUGCCAAGCGAGUCCAGGGUCAAUGUCCACGCCAUCGUUGCACUAAAAUUAUUAGAUUACAGUGAUAAGCAAACAACUUUGAUUCCUGAUGAAGUGUUUGAUGCAGUAAAAAGCAACGUUGUCACUUCGGUUAACUUCAGUAAGAAUCAGCUAUGUGAAAUUCCAAAAAGGAUCAUGGAACUGAAGGAGACAGUUUCUGAUGUCAAUCUUGGUUUUAAUAAGCUUUCCUUUGUACCCUUGGAAUUAUGCAUGCUUCAAAAAUUGACUUUUUUAGAUCUCAGGAACAAUUUUUUAAAUUCUUUGCCUGAAGACAUGAAAUCAUUGAUAAGACUACAAACGAUCAAUCUUUCCUUUAAUAGGUUCAAAGUUCUACCGGAAGUCUUAUAUCAUAUCCCCACACUGGAGUCAAUUCUGAUUAGUAAUAAUCAGGUUGGGUCUCUGGAUCCUCAGAAAAUGAAGAUGAUGGAAAAUCUGAUGACGCUGGACCUUCAGAAUAAUGACCUUCUACAAAUUCCACCAGAGCUCGGUAAUUGUGUGAGCUUGAGAACAUUACUGCUAGAUGGAAACCCAUUCCGCGUCCCUCGAGCAGCCAUAUUAAUGAAAGGAACAGCUGCAGUACUGGAAUACUUGAGAGACCGAAUUCCUACUUAAAUUAGAGAUAUUUUCUAACUUUGGUCAGUUUCAUUCUCAGAGGGAUAUAAUAUUUUGUUUCAAUAUCAUCCCAAAGGUGAUUGCUAUAAUUGGUCUUAAAGUUUCCCAGGGUCACCUAGCCAUGGGUUUAAUUGGCCUGGGCUGUAUUCACUGCCACUAAUUGUUUCUUACUGACAGUUGUUUAACAUUUUUCUAAGAUGUACUCUAUAUGUAUAAUGGUGGAAACCACAUAGAGUCAUGCAGUGUUCACACUUUUGAAUGUUUUACCCAGGGUUUAUCCUGCUCAUAUUCAUUCCCUUAAUCUUUUAGCUACUUUCUUCAAAACUGAAUUUUUUGUUUGAUUGUUUUGUGUGACAGGGUCUCACUGUGUAGUUCAGGCUGACUUUGAACUCCUGGUCAUCCUCCUGCCUCAGCCUCCUGAGUGCUAGGAUCACAGGCGUGCACCACCACACCCAGCCAAAAGUGAAUUUUUGGUCACUAUGAUUUAAUAUUUUUAUAACAACAUUUUUGUAGAACUGGGUAUUUUCCCCUUGUUUCUUUUUGUAUUCCACAUAAAAUUAACGUUGCCUUGUUUUUAUUUGUAAUCUAGCAGAAAUGUUUCUUUUCUAGUGAUGAAGUAGGUGUUUUCUGUGUUUCAGAAAACCAUUUCAUCAAGUUUGCUGAUUUCACAAAAAUGCUACUCAAGAUACAGAAAUUGACGGAAAGUGAAAGUGUUACUGUGACUGCUGCCACAGAAGCAGGGGCACUUUCACUUGCUUCCCGCAGCCGCACUAACACCUGACAGUUUAUUUUAAAAAAUGCCUUCUUCGUGUUUUCACACGAUAAUCUACUACUUUUUCCUUCAUGAGAAUUAAAGGGGUGAGAUUUGCACAUUUCCCCCUCAGUCAGAGCAUCAGCAUUUAAAUGCCUUUCGUCCCUUAAGGAAAAAAAAUAUUGAUGUCGUUACCUUAUUAAUUGUAUAGAGGACAGCAGCAGAGAACUGUGAAUGCUGUCAUUUGGCAGUCUUGAAGUGUGUUUUGUUUAAGUACUUACUGGGCAAGUAUUUGUAUACUUCAUGUACCUGUGGGCAUGUUUUGAUCCAACCUUGUGUACCGUUUUAUUUCCAGCACUUUAAUUUUAAAAUUUGUUUGCAGUCCUGUUAAGACUAGCAGCCAUGCAGCAGUUUUCUAAAAGGGAAUUUAACAUAGGUAAACUUGAUUUAAUGAAAGUCAAAUAUAAAGUUUUGUUUACACUAAAAUUAUUGGGAAGAGGUUGGCCUGUCGUUAUGACACUUACACCUUUCUCCUAAGUCACCGAUUCAGUGGCCUGUAUAUCAAUAGAUAGAUGUGGUUUAGAUAGCUUUGGGAUGAUUGAGGCAUGAAUCAUGAAAAAGGUCAUUGCAAAUGGAGAUAAAUACUACAUGUUCAUAAUAAAAAAUUUUUCAAGCAUU